AUGGGAGCAAAUGCAGAUGUAACUUCUAUCCGCCCAGAAGGACUGGGCCUCGUGCUACUUGCUGUCACUCUCUUCUUUGCCCCUCCGACCACUAUUAUCAUUGCUCUACGAUGCGGAAUCCGGGCAAAACACCAUGUCUUUGGGACAGAUGAUAUUCUGAUGCUGAUCGGAUGGAUGUUGUUCAUGGUUGUUGUAGGUGUUGUCUCGAAAGGGACCUACUACGGUCUCGGCGCCAAGGAUGCGAGGCUCAAUGAGUAUUUGGUCCAAAAGAGUAAAAUGGUAUGA